AUGGAACUCAAGUGCAGAUUUAUAUUUGUCCAGCCCACUGCCAAGGAGAUCACAUGCCCCGUGAGUCACUCCAGAUGUGCUCAAAAACAGAGUCUCUCUGUGGCCGCCCAGUCCCCCAAUCCCAGGGAGAGUCAGACAGACAGGUCCCCCGCCCUCGCCCCCAGGAGGCAGCCUCUGCCUCCACCCUCUGAGGCAGGAGAGGGCGUCGGCUCUUUAGGAGAGGGAAAGGUGGGAAGAACGGUGCCGGCUCCCGGGAGCACCGGGACGGGCACACCUGUAGCUCCUGGGGUCCCCCUGGGUUUGAGGCGACCCCUCACCUGCCUGGAGGAGAAGAUGUGCUGGAGGACACUGCUGCUGCUGCUGCUGUGUUACGAUGCUCAGGCCACCGUGUCCCACAGAUGGAGCAGGGCCGUGCUGUUCCCUGCCGCCCAUCGGCCCAAGAGAUCGUCCUCAGUGCCUUUGAACCCUGUCCUGCAGAGCUCCCUGGAGGAAGUAGAACUGCUCUACGAGUUCCUGCUGGCCGAGCUGGAGAUCAGCCCUGACCUGCAGAUCUCCAUCAAGGAUGAGGAGCUCGCCUCUCUCAGGAAGGCCUCCGCCUUCCGCGCUGUCUGCAACGACGUGAUCCCCAAGCGCAUCCCGGACAUUCGCCGGCUCAGCGCCAGCCUCGCCAGCCUCCCCGGCCUCCUUAAGAAAGAGGACUUUGAAAGGACAGCGCUGACCCUGGCCUACACGGCCUACCGCACGGCCCUGUCCCGAGGGCAUCAGAAGGACAUCUGGGCCCAGUCCCUCCUCAGCCUUUUCCAGGCCCUGAGGCAGGACCUGCUGCGGUCCUCAGGCUCCAGAGUGUCUGCCUGAGAGGCUGGCCCACCCCAGCACACACAGUAAUCCAGAAAUUCUUCAUUCUCCGCUCCGUUUAUAGGGACCAGCAACAAAACACAUGCCGCCAGCUCAGAGUAGCAGAGAUAAAGUAAUUAUUCGGCCCCACUCUCUUGACCCGUGGUAGCUUCCUGACAGGCGCACCUGAUUCAUGUCAUAAGGUGACCUGGGCCGGAAGCAAGGGAUGGAGUGGUCAUUCAAGAUGCCUGCUGAGGCCGAAUGGUGUGCCUGGUGACAUGUAGAGUCUAAGAUCGCUUCCACACUGCGUGACUGCCACAGAGCCCCACAAGGGAGGACAGAGCUGGAGGAGACAUCAUAGAGGUUUGAGCAUGGCGGGGAGAUGGGGGACAGAGUUCUUUGGUCCUAAGAGAUCGGGGUGCUGAGUUAAAUGCACAUUUUUCUGAAGGUUCUGUAGUAAGAAAGAACAGAGCUAGAGCGACAGGCAAAUAAGAACUUUGUUAGCCAAGGAUAGACUCCUCACUUUUUCUAAGAGUCACCGAGAAGAGUGAGUUAGAAAAUGGGUAACUGUCUGACCUGUAUGUCUUGACUCUUCUUAUCUGAGGGCUGGUCUACCACCAACAGGCAUGCCUUGUCUUCUGAACAGAGAAGCCAAGCUAAUGCAGAGAGUCAUGCUAGCAAAGAGGGGGCCCCAGAUACUCCUUAAGUAUCAGACUACUUAGCAUCAUAAGAGACUCGCUGCUUCAAAUACAACUGGUUGUCAGAUGGCAGAAUUUUACCCUUUCAAGGACAGUUUUUCAUGUUAGCGAUAUUGACCUGAUAGCUUUUGAAACUACGCAGCUGGAAUGCCUUAAGCAAACUCAUUCAUCAAUAGAGCCAAAUAUCAACAGUACAAUGAUUGAAAUUUCUUUUGAAAGCCAAAUUUUUUAGACUUAAACUUCUUCUGACACCACUUCUUCAAAAUAGACUCACUCAAGCCGUGGUAUUUUGUGGAAGAGCCACACUAAGUCAAGGGGCCAAAGAGCUGCAUGUGGCUCUCGAGCCACAGUUUGCAGACCACUGCCUUAAGCUUUUAUUUAGUCGCUCUGAACCAUCCAAAGGAAGGAGUUGGAUAGCAUAAUCUCCAAGGUUCUCCAACUCCUGACAUUUCCACAGUUGUUUAUCUAACUGUGAGGUCUGCUGGACUACUGUGCCAGCCCAGCAGGUCCCAGGCGUGGCUCGUUCGGUCUCGGGGUGAGUUCUGCUGCCUUCCUCGCUGACUGGCGAGAAGAGUGCGCUUUUCUCUGUGACCAACAUCACUUGCUUCUUGCAUUUUGUUCUUUCUUAGCUUCCGUCACCUGAAAAUCGGGAGAGCUGGGCUUGUUAUAGCUCUGCGUUAACUGAGAGUUCCCAGAUGAAGGCUCUGCUGAGCGAGGCAUCUGGGUUCCAGUAAAAAGUCCCCACUCGCUCAGAGACCGCUCUGGCCUCCCCUAACUUUGCAGCCUGGCCCUGGAGGCUGAAGUCCACGUAGUGUGAUCCUUGAAUGAGGGAGGACUCUUUGGGCUAAAUUUGAUUUCGAAAUUGAAAUUUAACAAUUGUCAUCUGAUAAUCACAACAGCUGGUCUGGACUUCUUUAAAAGCUUUGAACACAUGCGCUUUGCUAGCAGCCUGAGCUGCGUGAUCUUUUUGGAGAAAAACUAGAAUGCAGGAAGAAGGGGCCAGAGAAAAACGCAGCUUUGCAUCCUGAUGCUCUCAGAUGCAGAAGACAAUAACUCAUGCCCCUUCCUUCUAUCCUCUGAUGGCUCUGCUCAUUUACCUCCCUCAAAUGCACACUGAUGAGAAAUGCUUUUUUGCUCAUUUUUCUUCUUCCUCAUAUUACCGGUUCUCUUUGACAUGGUCGCUCUGCUGGACUCUUUUUAAUUUUAGUUUGUGUCUCUGCAGCUCUCUCAUUGGGCUUGAUUCUGAUUCUCUUUGCCCCCAUUUCUUGAAGCCGCUCCAGGCGCCCCGGGGUUAACAUUUGCACGCUAUCUCUGCCGCCCGCAUCUACCCUGAGCGCUCUGGCUUUUGGCCUCCUGUGGGUAUCACUGCCUGAUGAAAACAAAGAUCAAAGUAGAGACAGUGUGGGACUGCCCACAGGGCAGAUCAACCUCACAAUCUACUUUCACUGUACUUCUUGAUGUGAGUGAGAUUCGAAAGCAGCUAGCAGAGGCCUCGGCCCCAGGCACUGUGCAAUUACUACCCUUACAGCAGUCUUGCAUCCCAUGCUGGGACGCCAUGCCAUCAGAAGGGGGUCUGAGAGCUUUCAGUCACCAGCUGGACAGACCCGCCAGUGAUCCCCUGGUUACCCUGUCAUGCUAUGCAUGGCUGCUCCCAGUCAGGGGCCGUGAGUGGGAGGAUGAUUCCCAGAUCAGGGAGAGCCAUCUGUGGUGGUUCAUUCACCCUGGAACAAAGCAGUGAAGGCACUUCUGUACUCGUUAAUCCGGGUCCAUAUUUGUGUGGCAAUACAUGACUGAAAAAAAAAAAAAAUAGAAACAAGGAAAGCCUUAAAGACAAGUGAACAUUUCAUUUUCAGUAACCAGAUACUUCAACACUAUUUUAGUCUGAAUACAAAUUGUUUACCCACAGAACCAUGACUUCAUUUACAUACAAAAUCAAAUGUAAUGCUCAUGACCGCCACCCCAAACCCCACCUCUCUGCCCCAUGCACAAGAAAGCAGAAGACUGGACAGAAACAGCCUUCCAUUCUGCCUUGUUCAUGCCACACUGUACACACCACAGACACAACCGAGUCACCAUGUGUCCCAUUUACUCAUCAACCGGACAGUUUGGGAUAGUGGAAAUUUGAGGGUCUAGAAAUUCUGGAAGUUUCCUCCGUGGUUGGCAUCCUCAUGGCUACCUCUGGUGUCACUCAAGAGACUUUGGAAAAUGUCUAUGGGCUGUCAUUGCUCUCUCCCCUCCCCUGGACUCCAGCUGAGAGAAAAUCACGUAAGCGAUCAGUCAGAAGGUAUUGCCACAGGUGAAAUGGUCUAAGAUCACAUGCUUGUUAAAUGACUUUACAUGGCACCCCUUACUUUCCUAACCCAUUUUGAUGUCUUAUUUUUCUUUAUUAUAGUAAAAAACAACAAUACAAAUUUACCAUCCCAACCAUUUUUAACUGUACGGAGAUGUUAAAAGUUAACUAUAUGCACAUUGUUCUGUGAAAGAUCUCUUGAAUUUUUUCAUCCUGAAAAAAAAAAAAAAAAACGGUAUCUGUGGAACAAUAACACUCCCUUUCCUGUCCCCCAGCCCCUGGCCACAACCAUCCCAUGUUCCGUUUCUAAGAGUUUGACUACUUUCAAUACCUCAUAUAAGUGGUAUUUGUCUUACAUUUCUUAAAUGCUGUAUUCUGGAAAAUGCUUUCUGCAACUGAAAAGUGGCUAGACUUCUGAAGAACUACUGGUCUUACUGUGUCACUCACCUUAUUUUAUUUAACAAAUAUUCGCUAACGGUGUAAUAAAUAAGUCAUGAUGGA